CAAUUCUUUAUUUUGAUUUUGCAAAUUGCAACAUGCAAACUAUAUUAGUAUUAAAUAUAUUUUAAUUUGCUUCAUAUUUCAUUACAAUAUUUAUUCAAAUUAAUGGAGCCUUGUGAAAUAGAAUUCGUAGGAGAACAGACUGAAAUUGGAAUCAUACCCAAUUUUAACUUUGAUGCUAUUCAUCUAAUUAGUGGCAGCAUUGGACCAUUUAGGGCUGGUUUACCAGUUAAAACUCCCUUAUGGCUAGCAAUUCAUUUGAGAAAACAGCAAAAAUGUAGAAUAGUUCCUCCGGAUUGGAUGGAACUUGAAAUUUUAGAAGAACUAAAGGAAGAAGAGAAACGAUCAAGGUUUUUCAUUAAAAUGCCAUGUGAGCAUUAUAUGAUUGUUGCUCAGUUAAUUUUAAGUACCGCCCGUGAGGAUAUACCUAGAAGUAGUGAAAUUAGGACUGUUAUUAAAGAUAUAUUUGACAUUAGAGAAUCAAAAUUGCGAACUUCAAUAGAUACUUUUAUUAAAGGUGAAGGAACAUAUGCAAAGUUAGAUAAUUUAACAAUGUUUGAAAUUCAUGCUGUCCGACCAUUGCUUCCACAUGCCUUAGAUCACAUAGCAAGAUAUCAAAGAAUGGCCGAUGUGGCACAACGUGAUUUGUCGAUGAUAGGACUAAGUAGUUCAAUAGGUACUGGUAUAGGAAGUCAUGUAAACAAUUCCUUUUCCUCACAGUGAACUUACACGAUUAUAAAAGGUUGGUGGGUUCCCUAUGUAUGUUAACAAAAUAUGUAUAUAAAUGUAUGAAUCUAUCUAGUUCCAUCUUACACAAAAACUAAUAGGUACAUAGUACAUAUUUUGGAAUUUUAUACACAUUUUAGAUUUUCAUCGGUUUCGACAUUUGUAUUUUUUAACACAAAAAAAUUAGAUAAUUUGCGAAACU